UGUGGGUAAAGAGCUUAGGGCGUACCUUACGGAGCUCAGCCUGCGGCUGGACGGGUGCACACAGCAAUGCACAUUCCAGUUUUUACGGUCGAUGCAUUUACAAACCGGCCAUUUUCUGGAAAUCCUGCGGCAGUUUGUCUGCUUGAAAAUGACUUGGGUGAAGAUUUGCACCAAAAAAUUGCAACAGAAAUGAACCUUUCAGAAACAGCUUUCAUCAGAAAACUGAAACCUGGAGAUGACUUUACCAAAAGUUCCUGCUUUGGGCUCAGAUGGUUCACCCCAGCCAGUGAAAUUCCUCUCUGUGGUCAUGCUACUCUUGCAUCAGCUGCUGUGUUAUUUCAUGUACAGAAAAAUACAAAUUCAGUUCUCACGUUUGUGACACUGAGUGGGGAAUUAAAAGCCAGACAAGUGAAAGAUCAUAUUGUCCUGGACUUGCCACUUUACACAGCCUACCCUCAGGAACUUACGGAAGUAGAAGAAUUAAUAAAGGCAGCUGUUGGUGAUUUGAGUGUUCAAGAUGUCCGUUACUCUCCUGACACAAAGAACCUCUUAGUCCGCCUCAGUGAUACUUAUGAAAGGCCUGUGUUGGAAGAAUUGAAAGUGAGUGCACAAUACUUUUUGUCAGCUGAAAAGACGGGAAAAGUGAAAGGAUUUAUACUCACUGUUAAGGGAGAUUCCAGUGGAAAAGGCCAUGAUUUUUACUCCAGAUAUUUUGCACCUUGGUAUGGAGUUCUGGAAGACCCUGUUACAGGAUCUGCUCAUGCUGUUUUAAGCAGCUACUGGUCAGAGCAGCUGGGGAAGAAAGAAAUGCUUGCUUUUCAAUGUUCCCGCCGCGGAGGAGAGUUGAAGAUUUCUGUGCGCAGUGAUGGAAGAAUUGACAUUGCAGGGCAAACUGCUGUUGUGUUAAGAGGAAACCUGACUUUCUGAAAGAGCUGGCACUAAUCUCCCUCUCCUCUCACUAAUCACUAAUCUUUGUGUUCCUCUGAUUAUGCUGAUUUUAUCUCAGCUCUAGGCAGUGAAUGACUGCUGUUCUCAAAAGUUUUUGAUUACUAAUUGUCCAAAUAUAAAAAUUGCUUGAAAGUACUCACUUCUUCUCUUCAGGAUCGUUGGUAUUCUUCACUUCCAUCUUGCUACUUCUGAUGUGUACUGACCUAUGAAAAUGUUCAAGUACAGCCAUCUUGUUUCUCUGCUUUUAAAUUAUUCUUCUCUUUAUUUCCAAAUUCCAUGGUAAAAGCCCUCACUGCUUCCUGGCUUAAACUGCAGGCAUCUGUUUGAUACUCGAGCUUUUCCCUUAUAGAUAAU